AUGUUUAUACUUACCAAGCUGAAGGACCUGGUGCGGAUCCCGCCGGACCAGUUCCACCGGGACGCGGUAAGUGCGAUCACGCAUGAGCUGAAUGUGAAGUACAGCAACAAAGUGGUGCCGCAUGUCGGGCUGAGCGUGAGCGUGUAUGAUCUGCUGGAGGUUGACGAGGGCCAGCUGCGGCCCGGGGACGGUGCGUCGUACAUCAAUGUGACGUUCCGGUGUGUGGUGUUCAAGCCGUUUGCCGGGGAGAUACUCACCGGGUGGAUCAAGCGGUGCGACGGGGAAGGGAUACAGGUGUCUAUGAUGGGACUGUUUGACGAUAUAUUCAUUCCGAAGAAGAUGCUGUUUGAAGGGAGCUAUUACUCGCCUGAGGACGGCGCGUGGGUGUGGCCCAUGGACGAGGAGACGAAGCUGUACCUGGACGUGAACGAGAUGAUCCGGUUCCGUGUGGAGGAGGAAGUGUUUGUGGACGUGAAGCCGCCCUCGCCGAAGGAGCUGGAGCUGGAGCGCGAGCGCGAGCUCCAGCUCCAAGAGCAGCAAGAGCAUCAGCAGCACCAGCAGCAAGAAUCGAAGCUGGAGAAACCGCCAGCGUACGCGCUUCUGGGCAGCUGCCAGACGGACGGCAUGGGCCUGGUGUCCUGGUGGGAUUGA